AUUGACGUCAUGUUGAAACUGCCUGACAGCGUGAAACAAAAUGCCUGAAGCGAAAUAUUUGGAUGUUGAAAUGAAUUAUUUGAACUGCCACUGGAGGGAACUCCUGAAAUGUCCUGUUUGUUUGGCUUAUUUCAGGGACCCAGUCAGCCUUUUUUGUGGUCACUCAUUUUGUAAAAGAUGUCUAACGAAGAUGGCCCACAACACGAGGAUGCAGCGACCCGACAUUCCUCUGUCUCGACUCCAGAUGUGGUGUCCAACCUGCCGUCACGCCGUGCCAGUCUGUCUGUACGUCGGUCCCGGCUUGAACGUCUGCUACGUGCUGAGGGACCUCGUGCUACUGUUGAUGGUAGAAAAACAAAGACUUUUCAGGCCGGCUUCGGUAUCGUGUCGUUCUAUUUCAACGCAAACGAAACUGCCCUGCACGACGAUCGUUCCCAGAGGGACUUGGAGCAUCGCGACCGCUUCACACAGUGACAUAAGUGUCGAGGAACGGCUCUACCACAUGAAGACGGACAGCAUGGUGCCGCUGAGAACGGCGGAAUAUUACGACAGCACGUGCUCCGACAAAAACGAGAAUCGACGAGACCUCGCGCCGGACUUGAGCGAAUCGGAUAUGUACGACUCGGAUGACGACAGCACCGAAGACGACCCCCAGUUCAACGAGAACAUGCACGACGCUGACGUCGUCCACAGACAGGAGUUGACGCGCAGGCGGAUGUGGAUGCUGGUGUUCUGGAUCGUCUACACCGUGAUCAUGGCCAUCAUCUCCCACGGCUUCCUGCCCUACAUCAUCGUCUACAGUCUGGUGCUCUUACUCAUCAUCUACGUGGACAGCAUGCAGUACCAAGCGAUCGAAAACAUGCACUGAAAACAACAAACGCCAAAUAUAACUAACUUAAAAACCCUUUAGCAUUUCCUAUAUAUUUGUAUUCUGUUGUGGAAAAUGUUUUCCACGCGUGAAUUCAGGCGGGGGCCCAGUGAGCUGCCCCGUCAUAUUUGGUCAAACAAUAUAUAUUACAGAAUACACAAUAUAAUUACAGAAUAUAUAUUUUAAAAACCCGGGUUUUGGCCCCCUCUGUUAAAAUAUAGGCCUACUAGAUCGGCGUCUGUUUUCCCACAUUUGUCGGGGUUUUAUCAAGUAUGUUUUAUAUUAUUAUUAUUAUUAUUAUUAUUAUUAUUAUUGAAAGAUGCAGAAUGGGCUGAGAAUUGUAAAUCACGUCUAUUAUUUAUUUUUACUUAUUUUACUAUUUUGAAGGAUAUAUUAUUUGUUACAGAAAUGUUUAAAACCCUUUAGCAAUACGUAGACUCUUUUGUAAAAAAAAAAAAAAAAAAAAAUGAAAAAGAAAGAUAAAGAUGUGUAAUAUAUUAUGUGAUAAAAAAAAGAAGAAAAAAAGGUCUCACAUUUUAAAAUUGAAUAGUGGAGAAAGUAGAGCGUUGCUAUUUCCCCCAAAAGCAGAUUAUUAUAUUGUGUACUGGUGACGACAUUUUGAUACAUAGCUUACUAUUAUUAUGGCGAUCAAAGCAAGCGUUUGGUAAAAACGAAUCAGUAUACUGUAUAUAUACCAAUGAGAACUUACACAGUCUAUUAUACGUACUACCAACGAUGGUCCAUUGUCGCAUAGCCAUAAUUAUUUUUUCUAGGAUAAAACACAUUUUUUUUAUUCCUUCGAAUGUUUUUCUUUUGUUGUUGUUUGUUUGUUUUUGUAUUUUGCCCCCAACGUUUCCUAAUUGCUUUUUAUGUCCCACGAAAUCAGCAGCAGUCUUGCAGAAAAAUAAGAGUUAUAUUAAAAUUAAAAUUGUGUCAUCAAUAAACAACAAUAAACUGAUUAUGUGCUAUUGAGCUACAAAAAGUAGGAUUUAAAAGAAUAAUAAUAAAACUAUUUUAAUGAACUCUCUCUCUCUCUCUCUCUCUCUCUCUCUCUCUCUGUUUUUUUAAUUAUAAUUUCUCAUUUUUGAAUUCAUUGAAAGUUGGUACGGGGGGGGGGGGGGUGAGUCGAAAGAUUGUGUUUCACGUGUAUCAACUUUGUAGCAUUUUGAAUUCUAUUUAAUUUUAAUUAAUAAGAAAAACACAUCUUGCACUCAUACCAUUGUCAAACAUACAACAGUAGGCGUUUCCAUUGUAUUUUGUAACACUACAUGAACAUUUAUUUAUUUAAUUGUCCUAAUAGAUGUUUUAUCCGUAGUUCGUACAUUCCCACUAACAUGAACACAUGCAUGCAUGCAACUUACACAUUAAAUUGUUUGUAAAUAUUUACAAUUAAAAUAUUUGUAUAAUAUCUCACCUGUGAUUAAAUGAGUAUCGGAAGGAAAAGAAAUACAUAUAUUUUUUUUUAAUAAUUGUUAUUUACAUCAACUUAUGUGUAUUCUUAAGUAUUUUAAGUUGACAAUACUGUCAGAUUUAUAAGAAACAUGUUUUUGAGGAAAUAACAAAAGCAGCACACGUAUCUACACUCGGUAAUAAUAAAGUAGCAGAUAC